UUGAUUUAUAUUAUUUAUACAAAAAAAAAACUAUCUCUAUUGUAACUCUCCAACUCCCCACCCCAUUGGCCCACUUAAUUGACACGCUAAACAAUGCAAAUUUAGUGGCACCAACAAAAACAGCCUUUUCUCCAUUGUUGUCUUCGGUUGCAUAUCGUCGGAAGGUUAUCGCGAAGAAGACGGCAAAGAUGUUUGCAUAUUAAACGAUGACAAUAUGGCCUGUAAGUAUGGCAAUACAGUGGGCGUUUUUGGUUUUCUAGCGUCUAUGGCGUUUAUAGUGGGUGAAUUUCUAUUCGAACGCAUGUCAUCGGUGAAAAGUCGAAAACGUUUUGUGAUGGCUGAUAUGGGUUUUUCAGCCUUUUGGGCCUUUAUGUAUUUUGUGGCCUUUAUUUAUAUAUGGUCUCAGUGGAGUUCGGCUGAAAUGCCUCCUGGAGGCAUUGGUGCCAGUAAUAUGCAAGCUGCCAUUGUUUUCUCAUUAUUUUCCAUAUUCACUUGGGUAAGUUUUAGAUAA